AUGACUCUAAGGCAGACGCUCCUACAGAUAGGGAAUAGGGGCAUUUGGAGGAGCCUUUCCUACCUGGUCUUGUGCUCCCCAGGGAAGCUGAAUCUGGUGGACCUGGCUGGCUCGGAGCGGGUGUGGAAGUCCGGAGCCCAGGGGGAGCGGCUGAAGGAAGCCCAGAACAUCAACAAGUCCCUGCUGGCCUUGGGGGAGGUGAUCCAGGCGCUGCGGGCCAAGCAGGCCCACGUGCCCUUCCGCAACUCCAAGCUCACCUACCUGCUGCAGGACUCGCUGGGCAAAGGAAGCAAGACCAUCAUGAUGGUGCAGAUUUCCCCGCUGGAGGAGAACAUGGGGGAAUCGGUCUGCUCGCUCAAGUUCGCCCAGCGCGUCUGCAAGGUGGAGCUGGGCCCGGCCGCUCGCCGCAUCGACUCCUCCGCGCAGCACGAGGCUUGA